CAACACUGGUUCAGACGUGGCUGCUGAUUUCGUUUUUGACGUCCGUAAACUUGGUGCGUUUUUUCAGCUGCGAAAACAAAUUACCUUGAGAUCGAGCUUUCAGAGUGACUUGAGCUGAACAUAUCAGCCCCGUCACCAUGAUGGAAGAAGCGGCCGACGAUGCUAACGGAGAUUCUACGUUCGAAUUCGUCGCCGUCAAAGACGCUUCGAUGCCCUCCGACACCACCGAGCCCAGGACAGAUGACAGUGCAGCAGGAAGCGUGGUGAAGACACAGCAGACAGUGGGAAGUGCAGAGAAAACGCAGCAGAAAGCAGUCCCGCCAAGCCCACCAGUGGUGACGACGGUGCCAACGUCUUUCCAACCAGCCAUGCCCCCUCAGACACUGACCCAGAGCCAGGCACCUCUGCGGCCGUCACCAUUCGAGCACACCCAGGUGUCGAGUGCCUAUUCACCCGGUGGCACGCAUCCGCCGCCAGGUGUGACAGCAACAGUGGCGGCUCCAGUGCCUGGAUCCUACGCAUCUCAGUUUCCACCACCCAUGCAGUCGGUCUAUCAACCGCCACCGAUGGGAGCACAGCACCAAUCACAGCCACCACAACAGUAUUACACAAGCCAACCUAGCCACACCUACCCUGCAUACUCCACUGGUUCAGGAGAUCAGUCCUUCUCAGUCUCCCUUCCUACGGACUACGACCAUAACCUCCCACAGUCGCCAUCUGGCAAUAGUGGCAUGUGGGGUUGGUUUAAAGGCAAUGAUUUCCUGAAUAAAGUUGCAGAGAAAGCCAAGAACUCAGUUGACUCGAUGAUCACCACGCUGGACCCAGGGAUGAAAGAAUUUAUUUAUUCUGGUGGCGACAUUGACAUUCUUGUUGCCUCCCACGAUGACCUCCGCAUCAUUGGUCCUGUCCGUGAGGCUUUCCAAAAAAUUUUUGGAAGAGCUACAGUGACAGGUGUUACCAUGCCUCCCUCCAACAUGGCACCCCAGCCUGUUGGAUUUGCAGCCGGCCUGAAAGCAGCUGAAGACAAGAUCACAUCACUGCAGAUGACAGGCCGCAUACCUGCUGCCCAGCCCAUCCUGGCUGUCGAAAGCUUUAUAGUAGAGCUCACACCGGACAGCUGGUUUGACAUGCACUGCCUCGUACUAAAGGAUGACUCAUGCGGAGUGUUCCUGCAUACUUUUGGCCAACCAACACCUGUACCUGCAGAGUUUGUUGCAGAGAUACAGGACAGGACACCAGCCGACUACCCGCUUCGUUGGUGCGGCCUUGCGGUCACUGUGGGAGAAGUGGCCAGCCCUCGUCUGGUGGUGCCACAAUCCGAGUGGAGAGCCGUGCUUGGCGGCAUUCCCGACGCGCAGUUGGUUAACUCUGCAGCUUGUGCCCUGGCUUCCAUGUACAGAAGAGCAUUGCGCCGGUGACAUUGAACUCUGAACUUCCAGGUGCUUGUCUCUGUGUCGGCUUGUAUAAAGAGUUGCUGUGCACCUGAUAUGAAGUCUGCUCGAGAGGUAGAUGUUACGUAUACAUCGCAUGGGCAGUAAUUCGUGCCUCGUGAUAAUUGAAACUUUAAGGACUAUGGUUGCACCUGUGUGGAGCAUUUAUGAAAAAUCUGAGUGGGCGUGGUAUCCAAGAGAAGGUGGCACAUUCUCAGGCAAAAAUUCUUUAAAAUAGGCACUCGUGUAGACCUCUAGUAACUGCUGUUAACUGGUAAAUUAUUCUCUAUUGCACACUUAUAUUGCAGCUUGACUCUAUAAGUUCACUGCUGCAGUUUAUGUUGGUGCAACACAACAUGCAUUUCUCUGCCUGCACAUUUAAUUUUUGUUCAUAGAACAACAUGGUGAGAUGUCACAGUUCAGUGGUCGCACUGAUUUGUAUCAGUCAUUUUAUGAAACAUAAUGUCAGUAUUACACACCACUAACACGAGUGCAGGCGAAAACUUUUAUCACUCUUGACAAGCUACACUACUCAUAACUUGUGCAUAUAUGACUGCUAUAACCACAGCGCAGAGUUGGAAAUUAGCAGCAGGCACGAAUAAACGCACAUGGGAAAAGCGCAACAUUAUUUAGAGUGCAAAUUUCACUUAUGAUUUUGUCCACAUUGAGGGCUCUGUCUUUGAAUAUUGCACAUGGUACAGCAAAAAUCAUGUAAUGCAUGCAAGUAGAAUAACUUUGCUUGAGGCAAAAUUUUUACUCGCAUACUUUGUCUCAUUUUGCUGGAAGCAGAAUUGCAGUGACAUGGCAAGUACAGAUCUUGCUCUUAUUCAAAGUAACCAAUGAGUAUGUUAGUUUUAAGUGUUCAAUGGUCGGUACACCAUAGCAUCAUGGUGCACUAUAAAAGAAAGCAGUGCAGAAUGUUUAACACUGCUAGGAAUGAAUGUAGAUGUACAAUGUUACUAAUGGUUGUAUGUGGUCUUACUCUUUCGUCAUUCAUAUAUUUUGUAGGCAUGGUUUACGGGUGUGCUUUUGUUGUAUUCACGAUUUUCUGAGAAUAAGACGUGAAAGCUCCACUUGGUUGUGAACAGAGUGCAAUUUCUUUUAAUCUUGUCAGCUAAGCUGAGGCGCAUGCCAGAGCCAAUCAUCUCGCAAACAUACUGGAGGAAGAGAAAGAAUGAGACAAGUUGAGACAAUAUUUUCUGUGAAAUGGCACGACUCAAAGAAAUGGAUAUUGAGUGUGUUUGAAUUUGAGAUAAAAAAAAAUAUAUUCAUGGCCUCCUCGAUUUUGCACCUGUACAAACUACAACUCAACAGUAGAGUUGA